AUGAGAUCUUCACUGAAUGUCAUCACUAUUCUCUGCCUAUGCAGUAAGACGAUGUUAGCUUUAGAUACAUUCCCAGAAAAAUUUGUGGUAGGCAAGAAAGGCAGCAGCAUUACACUGAGCUGUGACAAAGCCACUAACAUGAAGGUGACAUGGACGUUAGAUGAUCAGGAUGUUGAAGAGGACAAAGAUCUGAUUAAGUUUGAGGGCAACAAUGUGAUACUUAUGAAACUUGACAAUGAUCUAACUGGGAAUUUCACCUGCUGGAGUAAUGGAAAGAAGGUGGACUACACCUUUGUCCUGCUGGACAUGUCAGACACCAUCACCGGUUCUCCUGUGUCCUGCAUGGCUGAGACCUUCAACUGCACCUCUACAAUUUCUUGCUCCAUGAGUGAGAAGGGCUACACGCAUUUCAGGCUUCGGGAUGAAAGCAACAGAUUGCUGAAUCGAUCCACAAACGGGAUUUUCAUCCUGACACACACCACCAACCCGUUUGCGGAGGAAGCCAAGCCCACAGUGGUGUUUGGAGAAGCCGUGUCUGUUCUAAAGAACUACUUUAAAACCCGCUACAGCUUCUACAUCCGAGAUAUCAUAAGACCUGGAUGUCCUCGUGUCUCCGUGGUGAAGAAAAGACGUGGGAACAUGUUGGACAUGGACAUGUUGGACGUGAAUCCUCCUGACACGUGGACUCUGCCCCUGAGCUACUACCCUCUAGAACAUGAAAUCCAGUUUCAGCAGAGAACAGAUGGAAAGAUAUCAAGCAUGUUCCUGUCCCCCAAUAACACAGAGUCAACUGGAGGAAGCGUUGCCGUGCCGCCCGGAACCAUAAAACUGCGAGCUCGAUGCAGAGACUUUCUACUGCUCUCCCAGUGGAGUGAAUGGACUCAGUGGCAAAAUGUGGGUAAGAGAAGACCAAAAAAUGUGAGGAAACAAAAGAAAAAGGACAAGAAGAAAAAGAGGACAAGAGCAGAUCAAAUCUAAUUUACUGUAGAAGAUCUACACUGAGUCUUUAACUCAACAUUUCAUUCUUUUUCUUUACGUGAAUGUGUUUUAAAUAAAACCUGUCGCUCUUUGCAUUUCCUCACAGUGACCAGCAGGAGGCACUGCAUCCUUUUUUUAAAUAAUCUUUAUGAUGUUAAUUAUUUUUCACAA